AUGUCCGGCUCAGCACAAGGCAGCAACGACAUGAAGAAGGCCGUAGUCAACGACUCCAAGAACGGCGAGCAACCGCUGGCGCCCGAGAAGAAGCCCGCAACACAACUGGAGGAGGACGACGAGUUUGAGGACUUUCCUGUAGAGGACUGGACUGAGGAGGAGACACAGAUCCCCAAUGGCAACACACAUCUUUGGGAAGAGAGCUGGGAUGACGAUGACACAAACGACGACUUUGCGGUUCAGCUGAGGGAGGAGCUUAAAAAGCUGGGCAAAUGA